AUGGCCAUGGCCAUGGCUACAGCUGGGUUAGGACGGACGGCGAGCGACGGCGCUUACCUGAGCGACCCCACGACGUGGGCGCACCAGGGGCACCGGCUGUGGGCGUCCAUGUCGGAGGCUUUCUGGGUGUACGUGUACAAGGUGCAGCGGUGCCCGCAGCCCAGCAGGCACGACUGGACGUCGUGCCCGUACGCGCACAAGGGGGAGCGCGCGCGCCGCCGUGACCCGCGCCGCUUCUCGUACCUGGCCGUCGCCUGCCCGGACUACCGCGCGUCGCAACAGCAGCAGCUGCUGGGCGGCACGGGCGCGGCGCCCACCUGCGUGCGCGGCCUCCGGUGCCGCUACGCGCACGGCGUCUUCGAGCUGUGGCUGCACCCGGGGCGCUUCCGCACCCGCAUGUGCGAGGACGGGACGCGGUGCCCGCGCCGGAUCUGCUUCUUCGCGCACUGCCCGGCCGAGGUCAGGAGCGAGGACGACGUUGUGCCGCCCGUCGGUCUGCCCCCGCCACCGCCCCGCGUCCCGCCUGUUGCAACGUCUGUUUGUUUUCCUCGUCAGGUCGAUCUGAUCCUGCAGGCCAUGCCGAGGAAGCUUAGCCUGUAUGACGCAGGCGCUUCAUCGCCUGCCGCUGUCGCUGUUGCCACGUCGGCGCUGGCGCUGGCGAUGGCCUCGCCGGACGACAAGGAUUCCGUCAGCAAGAGCGGCCGUUGCGCCGACGAGGAAGACUCUGUGAUCAAUGACUACCCGCAUUUCGAUCUCAUCAUGGACAUGGUGAUGAGCUAG